AUGGAUAGGAAUACGCGAAGGGCCAACUUCAGGAAACUCCAGGAGGCGGCCAACAAUAACAACAAUGAGCCCAAUGUGGGGAUAUCAUCCGCCCUAUCAUUGUCGGCUUACUUUGACAAUCAGGAAGCUAAGAAUUCUGCAACAAAUCCUUCCAGUGUGAGGAAAACAAAAAGUAAUCAAGUUUUUGAGCAACCCGGCCCCAAGCCCAAAAAGGCUCCAAAACUUAACGCAAAAGGUGUCAGCUCUCGUAAAGGAAAGGCGACCACCAAGAGCAACCGGAAGCAACCCAGUAUCAGUGAUUUCUUAAGGAAUGAGCAAAUCUUCUCAGAAGUCACAGCCCAACAUUGCUUGGCUGACAAUUUUAGUCCCGAUGAUAUAGAAAUGGCGUUGGCCUUAUCCAAAUCAGAAGCGGAUAAACUGAGAAAACAAUGUCCAAUGCACAAUGGGGAUGAAGACGAGGUGGUUAAUCUAAUAGGAGACGAACGACCAGAGGGAUCUUCGGAAUCGAUUAGGCGUAAGCUACAGAAAUAUGGCUUUCGUACGGCAGCCAAAGAGGAUUAUAAUCCUUUAGCCUAUGCAGCCGCAUUGCCAGUCCUUGGUAAACGUGGUAAACGUGCCAAAUGGGCCAAUAAAUUUACACCACUCACUCUACGUAAUCCCGAAGUGCAGCAAAAGAAAUUUGAGAAAAAAGUCGCCGCUCUCCUCAAGGAAUGUGAUGUGAAGACGAAACAUGUAGAACUUGAAAUGCCUCCAUAUAAAUUGAUAAGUUCUCAUCUCCAACGACUAGAAGCCACUUUAGAAUUAUCUAUCAUAAGGGAACCAAGUGAAGAUCCAAUCGAAUUGAAUGUAUAUUAUGUUAAAGACUUGAUAGAAAUAAGCUAUACGCCAGCUGAACAUUUGCUCAAAGAUUGGUCAGCCAUACAAGGAAGAGACUUGUCACCAAAACGUCUUAAUCCAAAAAGUCUAAAGCGCUUGGAGCAGUUUGACAUGGUUUAUAAGGAUUUGGAGAAACAUUUUGAUAAUGGGCGAAUCAAAGAAAUGGAAUUGGAUAACUUGGAACAGUUGGUUAUUGAGAACAUGGUUGAAGAUGUCUCGCAAGUAGAUGAGCCCGAACCAAUUCCUUCUACUAACAGCAGUCCUCUGAAGGAGCCACCAGAUAAACGAGUCAGACUGUCGCCGGAAAAGGAAAGUUUCCUGCCUAAUUCGAAGAUUCCACCAUUAUCAACAUCUAGUUCAACGAGUCUAAGUUUGCCCCAAAGUGCCACCAGAUGUACUUCUCCCGAUCUGUUUGCUGAUUCCGAUGAUGAUUCAGAUGUGAAAAACCUUUCCCUCAACGUUUACAAGAAUGUCAGUUGUCAUGAAAAAUCUUCUCAAAUUACUACGUAUGAGAUCUAUACCAGUUCCAGUGAUGAGGUAAAGACUGUUUCAGAAGCUACUCCACAGCAGAUUUCUAAUGAAGAUGAUAUCAUUGAUCUUACUGAAGGAGAUGAUAAAUUUGAAAAAUUGAACCAUAGUAUAGAAUCCGAUUCAGACAUCGAUAAUCUCAAUUGCACUUUGGUCGUGGCUAAAGCAUCUCAAGAGCCCAAAUCUUAUGAAAAUGAGUCUCUAGCAGCUUCACAAUUGGAUUUCAAAACCUCACCACUCAGUUUUUCUCACUGGGACAAUACGGAUAAAUCAAUAUUAGAUGCAAAAACUAAUUUAGAAAUUGCAUCUAUAUCCAAAUCUGUUGAAAAUAUUUCUCAAUCGUCAAUACGAUUGGAUUUGGAAACAUCUCCGCUCAGUUUUCGCCACUGGAAUCACUCUGAUACCUCGAAAAUGAAUUCCUUUGGCUCUCGUUUAAACAAUUCUCAUUCAUCUCUUCAAUUAGAUACUUUAGAAACAUCUCUGCUAAAGCAUAGUAAAAAUAAGUCACAAUCAUCAUUGAAUUUGGAUUUAGAAACGUCUCCGCUUAGCUUUCGUCACUGGAAUAGCUCAGAUAAAUCAAUGCCAGGAAAAUCUCCAAUAAGCAUUACUCAAUGGAAUACUUCGGCUAAAUCACUUCCAGAUUCUAUCGCAUCGUGUAAACAAGCUUUACACUCAUUCGAUUCGAAUGUAAGCAUAGACUUGACACAAAAUAGUGAUAAUGAAGAUGGCAUUUUGCUAUCCGAUGAUGAAAUAAACUAUUCCAUUUGGAAGGCCAAUAAAACUAUGGCCAGGGAUCUGCAACAAGAUCCAAUAUUCGAUGGCAGUGACGAUGAAGCGUUCUCACCCUUACCACAAUCGAUUGCCGAUGCAAAGUUCACUAUUGAUCAUUUUAAAACUGUCGAAGACUUAGAUAUAUAUUUGAAAAACUCCGGAGACUCAUUCAAUUUGAAUAAAGAAAGAGCCGAGUUUGGAAUACUAGAAGACAAAGGACUCUCGCAGCCAUUUAAGACAUCACAGUGUUCUGUGAAAGAUUCCCAAAUGGAUAUUGAUUGGUCAGAUGCCUCAUUUUUGGAGCCCAUCAGCAAACCUGUGUUCAAACGCAAAAGUAGUCAUAGAUUUCAAGAGUUUCUAGGUGAAACGGAGAAACGAAGCGGAGACGAGUUUGACGAAUUUGAUCGUAUGGUCUUCCAAGACUCAAAAGAUCCCAUUAUGAAUGAGGAUAUCUUGCCUAGUGGCUUGGACCAGUUGCUAAAGGGUGAAAUCAAUGUGGAAACCAUACCGGAAUCUAAGCAGCCAAUGCCCAAUGAACCUGAGCAAUUGGAGUUCAAUGGCAAAGUGUAUCAUAUAAGUGUUUGUAAUGCGGUUAAACCGGAUUUUACCAAACUCUCGGAAUCGAUGCUAUUGCAACAGCUUUACAAUUAUGGCAUAAAACCUUUAAAACGUAAACAGGCCAUCAAAAUUCUGGAAUACAUCUAUAAUCAAACGCAUCCCAUAAUGAAAGAAGAGUUUAAAGAAAGUGGAAACAAUCUGCCACGUUCCAAAUCCACACCAGCUCCGCCUAUUAUAACAGAUGGUCCAUCUUGUUCACUAUCUCGACAAGUUCAUACGUUUAGUAGUGGCCACAAUGAACCAACCAAAGUUGUUCAAACAGCAGAUUCAAAGAAAUUUCACGAUGCUUGCGGUUCGGAACUCUUACGCUUCUCUCAAACCCAAGCCCCAAGUCUCUGCGAUGAUUUUGAGUUCUAUAUACUACAGACCAAUGUAACCAAAAAGACGCCACAGCCGCUGGUACCUUUUCACAUUGCCUGGCAUAAUCUGAUUUGUGCCAAUCCUCAGCUACAUGAGAGUCUACUUAUGUAUGAGCCCAUCGAUCUGCAGGAAAUCUAUAUGCAUUUCAAGCAAAUGGGACAUCGCUAUGAUCCCAAGGAACUGAAAUCGUUUUUUGAUCGACGUUGCAUUAUAUUUCGCUACGAAUUGCCUGGCUCGAAACCACAAACGGAGCGUCACAUACGAAAGAAGUCGAUAAAGAAACGCAAAUAAGUUAACAAGUUUAGAUUUAGUUUGAUAAAUGUAAUUAUUUCUAUAAGCAUGAAUGAGUGAGAAAGCGCGCUGUUUGCCAUCUCUUUCACUUUCAGUCACAUAUUGUAGAGCUUCUUUAGCUAUUGAAUGCAUUAUAUGAAUGUUGUGUACAUGAA